UCAAUUAUGCUCAAACUGAAGUUCAGUGAACAUCUUUUCCUGUGUGAUUUUCCAACCCUUUGAGGCCGUCUUCGACAUCUCUCUUAAGGGUUGCGCAAAGCUGACAAAAGCAGGGAACAGGAAAAGCGCGGCAAAUGUUUGCUGCCUUCAUCAUCCUCCUUCGCAGAUCAUAUCACCCGUCUUCAGAUUUCCGCGAACGAUAGGUUUUAGAUCGGCGAUACAGUUUCACAUGCUGCGCGGGUUAAUCAGUUCAAUUCAACGAGGAGAAGACAAAAAAGAAAAUCAGCAGAGAAGAGUGACCAAUCUGAAGGAGACUAAGGAAUGUGGCAACAAAUUACAUAUUUAGCCCUUCUGUUGGGUAUUUUCGUGGAGUUUACACCCAGCUUUGCAGCCGAAAAGACCACAGAACUACAAGACGAUUAUUCGUCAGCAUGUCCACCGGGUUAUUGGUGCAAGAAAAAGCGGGAGUUCGAUAUGGGCGAAUGUCCCAGAGGAUUUAUUUGCCGAUCUACACGAAGCACCCUCGGCCUGUGUCCUCCAGGAUACUGGUGCAGAAGAAGCGAAUUGGUUCUCGAUCAACCUACUGAUCCAAAGAACUGCGCAGCCGAAUAUUGGUGCAAGGUAAGCAGAGAUGAGAUCAGUCAGUCUCGCUCCAUUGACUCCUUGGCCUCCUGUCCGCCGGGAUACUGGUGCCGCAAGAAGCGGUCGAUCGAUCUUUUGUCCAGCCGAAGCUGCCCACGCGAUUUCACGUGCUCCCAAACGGAGCAAGAAAAUGACUCGGCCUGCCCUCCUGGAUACUGGUGUAAAAAGAAGAGAAGCGUUAUCCAAUCAGAAACCGAGAAAAGCGAUUGUCCUCGUAGCUUCUGGUGUAAGAGGAAGGCAGCGAAAUCGUCUUAACGAUUCUUAUGAUCCCAAAAAUUUGCAACCUUUUCGACGUGGGUUGAAAAGCGAAUUUAAUAACUGAAUGACGUAGUUUUCAGAAGUCCCCUCGUAUGAAAUUGUAUUCACGGAUAUAUAUGUAAAUAAAACGGUUCUCCUGAUCAAAUCACAGAAAGAAAUUCAAUCCAAAUUAAUAAAAUUUUGUUUGAUGGGAAGAGGUAGGUCGAAGUGUUAAAGUUCGGUUAAUGUUUUUUUUUUUUUUUUUCACAAAAUAACAUCCGAUUUCUUUUUGUCCUAGCUAGUCAAAUGAUCAAAAUAAAGUGAGUAGUAACCUAA